AUGAGCUCUGACAAACCUGGCACUGCGGAAAAGCCCGUCUCCGGCCGCAUCAUCAAUUGUGUGCCACAGCUCCCUUACAAGGUCAGCAGGAACGACCUCUACACGCCCGGCGAGAAUCAGGACCCCGGCGACGAGUGGAAGCUGACUCCGAUCUCUGGCAACAGCGCGCUAUACUCGUCGCUGUAUCUGCUCCGGGACUCGCCCGACUGGGAGGAGCAUGUGGUGGGCUGGACCGGCGAGAUCGACCCCGGCAACAAGUUCGCGUACGUCGCGCCUCCCAACCAGCGCGGCACCCAGGCCGCCAACGACAAUGCGCGCUACAAUUCGCAAGAGUCCAACGAGGAUCCACUCUACCUGUCGCAGGAGCAGAAGCGGGUGAUCGCGGAGAAGCUGCAGGACAAGGAGGACUCCAAUAACAAGAUGACGGUCCACCCAGUCUGGCUGCUGCGCAGGGACCAGCUGCGUUGGCGUGAGUAUUCGGACAAAAUCGUUUGGCCCGCGCUGCACUACAUCCUCAACCCCCCCUCAGACGGGCAGAAAGAAAACACCUGGUGGUACGACUAUGUCAAGUUCAACGAGGCUUACGCUUUGAAGGUAGCCCAGAUCUACCAGCCUGGUGACAUAAUCUGGGUUCACGAUUACUACCUCAUGCUGCUGCCCCAGCUGCUGCGCAUGCGCUUCGGCGACGCCAUUAUCGCCUACUUCCAUCAUACCCCUUGGCCCAGUAGCGAAUACUUCCGGUGCUUGUCCAAACGUAAGCAACUGCUGGACGGUAUUCUAGGUAGCAACCGUGUGUGCUUCCAAAACGACGGCUUUUCCCGCCAUUUUGUCUCUGCCUGUAAAAGACUUUUAGACUCCACCUCCACCAAGAAGAAGUCCAAGGGCAAGGGCCGCGACGAAUGGGUGAUCAGCGUUUACGGCGGUGAUGUUGUCGUUGACUCUCUCCCUAUCGGCGUCAACACGGAGGAGAUCUUGCGCAAGGCCUUUACCGAGGACAUCGACGAAAAGGUCAAGGUCAUUAAAGAAGCAUACGCGAACAAGAAAAUCAUUUUCGGCAGAGACAGACUGGAUACUGUGAGAGGCGUUGUUCAGAAACUGCAGGCAUUUGAGGCCUUUUUGGCUAUGUACCCGGAGUACAGAGACAAGGUCGUUUUGAUCCAAGUGAGCAGGCCCACUGCCACAGACCAGGGCUUGAAACUGGAGCAGCAAGUCAACGAUCUUGUGAACUCUAUCAACGCACAGUAUGGUACCCUGAACUCUUCUCCAGUUCAUCACUACCAUGUCCGGAUUCCAGAGGAUGCAUACCACUCUCUACUGAGAGCUGCUGACUUGUGUCUUAUCACAAGCGCCAGAGACGGCAUGAAUACUACCGCCCUCGAGUACGUGACGGUUAAAAGCAGGUCUUCUAUAGAUGGAUGCUACGCCAACCCCUUGGUCCUCAGCGAGUUCUCUGGAACUAGCACGGUUUUGAAGGAUGCUCUUAUCGUUAAUCCAUGGGACGCCGUCGCCGUGGCUAGAACCAUUAAGAAGGCGCUGUGCUUGACUGCACAAGAAAGAGUAUCUCUGGAGAUGAAGCUUUGGUCGAAGGUUCCAACCAUCCAAGACUGGAACAACAGCUUCUUGCAGAGAAUGGUGGAGAUCGCCAAGCAUGAGUCCCAAGAUAACAAAAUCACACCCGCUCUUAACAGGCCUCUUCUGUUGCAGGCAUAUCGCGCUGCCAAACGUCGCCUGUUUUUGUUCGACUAUGAUGGCACCUUGACGCCAAUUGUGCAAGAUCCUGCCGCGGCUAUUCCAAGCGCGAGGUUGUUCAGAAUUCUCUCCAAACUGGCAGCGGACCCACAUAAUCUCAUAUGGAUUAUUUCCGGAAGAGAUCAACAGUUUCUGUCAAAAUGGCUAGGCUCUCGCAUGCCGCAAUUAGGUUUGAGUGCUGAACACGGUUGCUUCAUGAAGGACGUUUCAUCCGAAGAGUGGGUCAACUUGACAACCAAGUAUGACAUGACAUGGCAAGAGAAAGUAAAUGAAGCCAUGGAACAAAUUACUGUUCAAACACCAGGUUCCUUCAUUGAAAAGAAGAAGGUCGCUGUCACGUGGCAUUACAGACGUGCUGACCCAGAGCAGGGUGAGUUCUUGGCUGGAAAGCUGAAGGCCUCAUUGGAGAAAUUCUCUAAGGACCUCGGAUUGGAAGUCAUGGAGGGCAAAGCUAACCUCGAAGUUCGUCCUAAAUUCGUGAACAAGGGUGAAAUCGUGAAAAGAUUAGUUUGGCAUCCUUACGGUGAAAAGCAAUUGAACGAAGAUGAGUUCAAACAGGACGAUACCGUGCCCAAGUCCCAGCUUCCUGACUUCGUCCUCUGUCUAGGUGAUGACUUUACGGACGAAGAUAUGUUCAACCAGCUAAAUGAUAUCGAGAGUGUCUGGGACAAGAAAUUCCCCGACGAUAAGAACGAAGCUGGUCACUACGGUAUCUAUCCUGUAACGGUCGGAUCUGCAUCCAAAAAGACCGUUGCAAAGGCACAUUUGACUGACCCCCAGCAGGUGCUGGAUACCCUAGGUUUGCUCGUUGGCGACGUUUCCUUGUUCCAAAGUCCUGGUACUGUCGAAUUAGAUGACCGUGGCCACGUUAAAGACAGCGAAAGCAGUGUGAAAUCCGAGCAGGCCGGUGCAGCUUAUAACAUGAAACGGAGCGCAUCCUUGAAGGAUAACGCUUGA